GUUGCGCGUGGCCCAUGUAUUUACACUUCUUACUAGAGCCAUUAUCACUGUGUCCUCGAGUCAUUCGUGUUGAGUAGUGUAUUACGAAUUGGUGAACGUUUAGUAACGCACAGUGCGAGUCAAUCGAACGGAUCUGGAUUUUUCUCCGUUUGGAAGGAAAAAGUUGGAAUUACUGAUUUGAAAAAAUAAAAAAACCAAUUAGAGAUCAUGAAUCAUGUAUGCGGCAUUGGUAUUACCCUUGCGGCAAGGAUCAUAGCAGCAUUGGGACUGUCAAUAUCGAUUUUUAUGAUCAAUAUACUGGUGAGUGAAUUUUUUUCGAGUGAAGGAGGGCAUAAAUUCUCCGAGGCUAUCGAAACUUGGUCGUUGCUGGGUCUCCAUUGGACACAAUUCGUCAGGAAUUAUAAAAUACCAAAACAAGAGCAGAUUAUUUUAAUUUGCAUCUUGGGAUACUCUCUGCUAUUCCUCAUCUCUAGUACAUUACUUGCACUUGGUACUGUACAUAGAAAACCCAAAUAUACUCUUCCUUGGCUGUACCUACAAAUGAUCAGCAUUGUUGAUCAGACAGUGGCAUUGACUCUUCACCUUGUUUGCCCUGACGACAAUAAUGAAAAAUUCCAGUGGUACAUACCAGUCUCGAGUAUUCAUUUACUAAUAACCAUAUAUUUUUGGAUGAUUGUGUUUACGGCACGUGAGGACUGGUCAAUUAGUCCUCAUCGACAUUCUGAUAUUGUUUACUACGACACACCAGAAGAAACCCCGAGGGACUCGAAUUUACCGAAAACUCCGUCAUUCGUGGCACAAUAUUUCAAUAACCAUGACUCAGAGCUACACAUACCACCAAAAUAUAACGUAGUAUGACGUAGUAUGAAUUUACUGGAUAACUGAUAAUUAUUUAUUAUUUCAAUUAACGUUAUUAGAUUACUGUUUUGCAUCUACAAGGCUCGUGACAAUUCCGCUCUCUUCCAGUAGCUUUUUUUUAUCAUCUUGAUUGUAUCGCAUUGAAUUGAUCAAUCGAGUCUUAUUUAUCCCCUUUUCCCUUCCCUCGAACAAUGAUUUUUCAGAGUCUGUUGUAUUAUAUUGUGGAACGAAUAAAAUAUGAUGACAAGUGGAGUAUCAUGGCUACCCUAUCCCGAGACUUCUUGUAAUAUCAAUACACUGAAUUUAUUUUUUUUUCUAAAAAGUCCUCUUGAUUCGACGUAAAAAUUGAAUAUUGAAGCUGUAAUAAAUCAAGGCGUGGCUAAUAGUCUGUAUCAAAUGCAUAAAAUCAGUGGAGCAUGCGGGACAUUAAAGAAAUAUGAAUAAUGAAAACGUUUUACGCGAAAAUACUUUUAAACACUCUUUCCCCAGCUAACAUAUUAUGGUUAUUAUUCUCUGUGGGAAAGAGACAGAUGAGAGAUUAUCCCAUUGCUCGCACCGGUGAUAAUCAGCACCACAUUCAUUACUCGGUAAUGAUUAUUCGUGUUUUUGGUGAUUUUAUAAUGAAUGGUUUGCACGGGAAUAUGGAUGCUUGAUAAUUUCUAUAAAUAGUAUCACUCAUCAUAAAAAGUCAAACAGAACUCAGCAUGUGGUGAUUUUACAUGUGCUUAUCUAAUCAUGUUGAAGAUUUUAUAAGACUAAGGGUUUACGUCGAUAAUAAAUCA